UUGUAAUUUUAUUAUUACUGAUACUUAAUUUCUUGGAAAAAUAUACAUACAUUGUACGAAAAUGCAGAGUCAGCAUUCAGCAAUCUCAACUCUCAACACAUUCAAUUUGAUAUGAAUCCCGCUGAAAUUAAACAAUAAUUAUUUGAGGUGUUUUAGAAGUGUUGUUUUAUCUAAAAGUUUACUAUAAAGCAGAACGAAAAUUUUAAAAAAAGCACACUAACUCGACCACAAUAAGAAGGAAACUGAUUUUCUGUAAAUAUUCAAAACCUGACGAGUUCGGUCCUGUAAAAGCUAAUAGGAUUUAAUUAAUGUCAUGACGUCAGAACUCAUGACAACGAUUUGACUGAUAUUAGUCAAUGUCAUCUUGUCAUCAUAACCUUAACUUACUGAAGUUUCCAUGUUUACUUUUUCGUAAUUGAAGGUUAAGAAAAUGAUAUUUAAGUAAUAUUUUAAAGAUGUUUCCUAAUGCAAAGUCAACCGGCGAGCUCAAUAAGGUCAUCAAAAAACUCAUUACGUUUCAAUAUUUAAAUGAUGUUUCAAGAUGAGAAAUUCCCCAAGAAAUCUUAAUUAUGUGUUUGUUGUAGCGUUUGCAGGUAACUUAUUGGCUCUAACGGGUGACACCACAUUGACCUGGUCUUCGCCAGUAUUGCCCAAAUUGUAUUCGAAUGACACCAACAUCAACCCUUUGGGUAGGCCAAUAACGGCAAGUGAAGAAUCGUGGAUUGGUUCACUGCAAUAUAUAGGAGCUAUGUGCGGAAUCCUUCCAUUUGCCGUCCUAGCUGACAGGAUAGGCCGUAAACCAGUAUUACUAGCUUUAGCCUUUCCUCACAUAGUUUCAUUCAUAGCCUUCGCUUUUGCGAAGAACAUACACUGGUAUUAUUUUGGUAGAUUUUUGGGUGGUGUGUCGUUGUCUUCUGUUUAUAUAGUAUUACCUAUGUAUGUUGCUGAAAUUUCAGAAGACUCGUAUCGAGGGAUGCUCCUAGUUUCCUACAGCACGUUUGCUAGUUUCGGAGAUCUUUUUCCCUAUAUAACAGGACCGUACAUGUCUGUAAUGUGGUUCAAUUUAACACUGGCUAUAUUUCCAAUUGUUUUUUUUAUUUUGUUCUUUUUAUUAGCCCCAGAAAGUCCUUAUUUCUACGUAAAUAAAAAUGAUUAUAAGGCUGAAAAAUGUUUGACUGUAUUAAGAUCAGGGAAGGAAAAUUUGUACAAUGUAAAAUUAGAGAUUGACGAGAUAAAAAAUGAAAUUAAUAAAAAUCAAAAAGGGGACAUUUUAAACACACUAAAAAGAAAAUAUGUCAUAAAAGGUUUUUUUGUAGCUCUAGGCUUAAGUUCUCUUCAACAACUGUCUGGUUUAGGAGCUAUUUUAGCGUACACACAAUUUAUUUUCGAAGCAGCUGGUACAAAAAUCUCGGCAGAAAUCUCAUCUAUAAUUGUAGGAGUAGUUCUAUUUCUUGCCAGUUUCGGAGGACCUCUUAUAGUGGACAGGAAGGGGAGAAAAUUUUUACUGGUGUGUUCCUCUUUGGGAAUAAUAACAUCUGAAAUAGUUUUAGGCGCUUACUUUUAUUUAUUAGACAAUAAUGGUGCUGAUUUGAGUAAAGUAUCUUGGUUGCCAAUUUUGUGUCUAGUCGUAUAUACUGUGACCUUCAACAUUGGAUAUGGACCUUUACCUUAUACAAUAACCUCUGAAGUAUUACCAUCAAAUGUAAAAUUCUUCUUGGCUACUAUCACAGGUUUCACAGGGUGGUUAAUGUCUUUCCUUGUUACAAAAUUCUUCAACGAUCUUAAUGAUGUUUUAGGUAGGGGAGGAACUUUCUGGUUAUUUUCUGGAUUUUGUUCAGUUGGUCUGCUUUUCAUAAUAUUUGUAGUACCAGAAACAAAAGGCAGAAGUUUCCAAGAAAUUCAGGCUCUUUUAGACAAAUAAAUAAAUUGUAAAAUACAUUUUGUUAUACUGUUUACAAAAUUGUUGAUAGCUGUAUUUCUGAAUAAAAUAAUUUUUUAUAUUA